AUGGUGGGGUCCUGUGUGUAUGGCUUCCUGCACUGGUGUUGUAUAGUUGUGCAGGAGAUAUGGUCGACAACAACGGGGGGGUUGGGAUUCGCGGGAGGAAAAGUACACGGGACGAAAAGUACGCGGGCAGGAGCACCAAAGGCCAUAGCGCGCUGCUGCCGUAUGCAGUAUACUUGCCUCGUCUGCUCUGCUCCUUCUCUGCAGUCUCUUACCCCAGCUGUGCGAACCUACUCUCUGCUUCUAACUCCUACUGGCAGCUUCUCUAAUUUUGGCAUGUCUUCCACGGCGCUCCGUGCCCUACAGCAGCAACAUUCUGACACAGAAAUACACUGGUAUGUUUCCUCCAUCAUUAUUCCCGAGCUUCCCCACGUCGCUGAAGCUCUACAAAUAUGUUCCAAUCUUCUCAAAUAUAACGCUCCUCUGGUGCCAGAUCUGAGCCAGCACCAAGAACGUGGACCUCCCAUCAAGCUUCCGGUGUCUUCUACGAAACUGGAGGCCAUAAAAGGAAUUAUGACCAGAGAUGGUGACUAUAUUACCCAAUUGGCAGUGCAAUUGAAAGAGCCUCAUUUCAACAAGGUAUUAAAUAAACUUGUGCUUCGAAAACCAGUGGUGUUGAAACAGGUCUCUGCAGCAAGAUCCGCUAUAGAUGCUGCCCACUCUGUCAUAAACGACUCGUCGGCGUUUCUUUGUUCGCCUUGUUCUCCUCAUCAAGCUGCGCACAACCAUAGACAGCUCUCAGAUACGUUCCGCAACCUCCUUUCCCACUUGGAAGUGGCAAGAAAUAGUCUUCAAAUCCCCAGCGACCCCGCCCUCAUCUUUCCGCUCAAUGUCACUCCUGCCACAUCUUUUGAGCCAGAACUUACACCUAACAUUGCCGUGGAUCUCUACGUUACCAGAGCCGAAGUGUGCAUUGAUUUAAAGCACCUCCACAUUGUCAAGGAAAAGCCAUGGAGCGAAAUCGAUCCGAGGUCAGGAAAGUCCUACGUGGACAAUGUUCGUGACGAAAUGAGGCUUCCGGCUUCCACUAAAUCGACGGUAUCAACGGCUCUGACUCCAAUAGUGCCUUCGCAGCCAUUGAAUAUGGCCGAUAUCGAACUGCGACUAAAUGACAUAAGUCACAAUCAUACUGGCGACAACUCGGUCAACGCGGCUGGUCGUCCGUCCACUCCAACGAUUUUUGGAAAUGUUCUACUGCAUUUGCUGCUCAAGCAUCGCUAUGACCCUAUAGACUACGUCACCAAGUGUGUCACCUAUAACAACCUGGUGGUAAUGAUCAACAAGAAAAUAGAAGUCUCCAGCCCCGACCCGGUGUUGGUGAGUGUUUUCACCAAACUUGAUAGCAUUGCCUACUUGGUUGGAACGUUUCUCGAAAACAUCGAUACUAUAAUGGCCUUAACGAAAAGUGAAAAAAGUGAAGUAACUGAAUGA